AUGGCCGAUGCAAACGGCGUGAGGAGACGUGAUACAACCAAGGGACCGCCGUUGCGUGUUCUCUCUCUCGACGGAGGAGGCGUACGUGGCUACUCCAUGCUCAUCAUCGUCCAAGAACUUAUGCACCGCACCUUUGUCGAGAUAGAAGGACGCGCCCCCCGCCGACACGAGAUCCCUAAACCAUGCGACCACUUCGACCUCAUCGUCGGUACCGGCACCGGCGGUCUCAUCGCCCUCAUGCUCGGUCGCCUUCGCCUCGACCUUGAGACCUGCAAGGAGCUGUACGUGCGUAUGACGCGCAUGGUCUUCCAGACGGACAAGACCAUUGCCGGCAUCCCCUACCGCUCCACAUUAUUCAAGGCCAGCAAGCUCGAGGAUGCAAUCCGCUCUGCCGUCCGCGAACACACGGUCUACGACAAGGAGGGCAAUGACUCGGCUGGGCCCCAAACGGUCAACCCCCUGAACGCCGCGUCCCGUUCCAGCGCCAGCACGCCACAGCGACACACCAGCAAUGCCAGUACCGUGAGUUUCAGUGCCCGGAGCCCCGCUGCACAGAUGGCGCCCACCGUGUGGCGAAACCCGAGAUACGGGAACCCGGAUGCCAGGCUGUACGACUCACGGGAGAACAGGACUAAGACCGUUGUUACCGCACAGUACAAGGGCUCCCCUCGGGGAGCACCGUCUGCCAUGCUUCGGUCCUACGACUCGCGCCGAGAGCCCCCACCUGAGUUUGACUGCAAGAUUUGGCAAGCUGGACGCGCCACGUGCGCCAUAGGACUGGCCUUCAAACCCAUCCAAAUCGGCCAGUCCAUCUUUCACGACGACGGUGCCGGAACAUUCAACCCCGCCCCUGAGGCACUGGAUGAGGCCGUUGUCAACGAGUGGCCCGGUCGCGAGAUUGGAUGCUUCGUCUCGGUCGGCACGGGCCGACGCCCCAAGAGCAGUGGACACAGCCAAGAGCAGUGGUACGAGGGAUUCCUGGGCGAAUUUGCCGACGCCCGUCGCCGCCUCAUCUCCAAGAUUGAGAACUGCGAGGCCAUCCACGAGUACGUUCUCCGCGAGCAUCUUGCUAAACGCAACGUCAAUGUGGACAACUACUACCGCCUCAACGUCGAGGUCGGCGUCGGAGAGUUUGGCAUGAACGAGUGGCACCGCCUAGGCGAGAUUAGCACCGGAACGCGCCGUUACAUGAGCAGGCCCGAGGAGCAGAAGAUGGUCCAGGGAAUAAGCACCAAGCUGGCUAAGAUCCAAAAGGCAAAGGUCCGCUGGGAGCGCGCCAUGUCGCUACCCGCCGGUUCCGGCGGCGGACGCGCCUCCCCGCCGUCCUUCUCGAUAAACUCGCCCCUCGCCGUCGAGCUGCCGGGUGACGUACCGACAGGUUCACUACCGCUGCCCCCACGCAGCCCUCACAGCCACCAUUCGUUCGAAUCGGGAAGUGACGACAUCCACAUGGCUGCGUCUAACAGCUCUAGCAACCCGCGUCUUUCGCACGAGCUCCAGCACGACUCGGCCAACCCGCACUCACCGCCCGUCUCCUCCCACCGGCCUCCUCCCCCUCCCAAAGACCAGAGGCCCGUCUCUGCCGUCUCUGAAGCGGAUAAGUUCGUCGUGACGGCUCUGACGCCCUCACAGUACUGGACCGCAGCUGGCUCCGACAAAAUCGCCAUCAUGAGUCCAGACGAGCAUCCGAAGCUACGACCGACACAGGCCCAGAGCCCCCCUCCCCCGCAGCGCAUAGAACCGCCCCCUUUGCCCCCGAAGACGCCCAUACCAGACCGCCACAAUCAGCCAAAGGGGAGACGUCGUCUGCAGAGUUCGCCGCCUCCUUAUCCCCUCGAUGACGAGGCACCUCCGCCAGUAGACAUGUCGCUCAAGCCUGAUUACCGACGAUGA